UCUGAACAAAUAAAUGUAGUUUGGGUGAGCAUAAGAGACUUCUUUCAAAAACAUCUUAACUUAAUGAUCCUAAAAUUUUGAACAGUGUUUUUUCUGCAUCUUUCACAUAGCUGUGAAUAAAUCAAAGUAUUUUACAUUUAUGACUCUUAAUUUAUUACUUCUACUUUCAACAUGUUAGUUUAUAUUAUGUUAGUUAGUCAGUUAUUCUGCAUUUGAUUUAAUAGUAAUAUUGCAGCAUUCUGCAGGUACAAAGUAUUGUUAUUUUUUAAGGCCACAAAGGCCCUACACAGGUUUAUGUCCACAUUUCCCUCCAAAGUGUGGGCAUACUGUGAGGUCUGCUGGGGCCCUAUACAGUACUAGUGAUGCGCGGGUCGUCUCAUAAAAGAAAUUGGCACCCUAUCUGUGGGGCGGGUCAUUAAAAACAAAAUGAAAAACAAAAUCCAUGUAUGUUGCAUACAAUUCCCUAGCAUCUAUUAAAUAUUUGGAAUAUAUAUUUUCAUAUUUUAUUAGGUUCUUUGAUAAGGCUUCAAUGCAAAGGUCUAUGUAGCCAUGUAACUUGCAUGAUGUCCCCAAUGCACGGGUCAUCUCAUAACCCGCGGUUCUCCAUGGGUAACCUGCAGGUCGAGGCGGGUAAAGAAAUGUUACUUUAUUUGUGGGGUGGGCCAAAUAGUUUCAUAAAAGCGGGACACGUGGGUUGGAAAAAAAUCUGACCCGCUCAUCACUACUAGGUACACAUUUUCAACUGGGACGCUACUUAGGACAAAUAGAAGGCAUGCUUUUGGCACACAAUAUUCCCACUCUUUCCCUAUUGUGUCCACACCCAGUUUGCAGUGUACCCACACUUGCCAAAAGCCAUACUUUCCCCACUAUAUUUAUUUAUUUAUUUUAUUUUUUUAUUUUUUUAUUUAUUUAUAUAAAGAUUUUUUUUUUAGGCAGUAGGUUAUAAAAUCUGAUAUGCCAAUGAGUUCACACCUUAAUCCAGUAGAUGGCGGUAAUGCACUUCGUCUGCAAACUGCCGAUAAAAACCCCAGAAGAAGAUGAAGAAAAGAAAGUCACUGCUAGUGCAGCGCCACCACACAGCUUUGAGUCUUCUGAGAACGCACAUUUACUGCCCUUAUUCCCUGAAGAUGUUUGUUGGUAAAAUAGAUUAGACGUGCAGAGACUUAAGAAUUUAAGUGUCCUGAGCAUAGAAACCCAGACGAGAGACCCAAUGUGAAUAUCUUGGCUGUUUCUACAGUGAAGUGCUCGAAGAGCAUUUUGUGUACGAUUCCAGAUCUGCUUCUCCAACCACACAGCAAUUCACCUACAGUUCGGCUACUCUCCCAAAAGUUUAAGAAAGAAAGUCAAAAACAUGACGGAUCCAGAACCCAGCGGAAUAAAACAGGAAGAUACUGAACAACAAAUAGACCUGAUAGAACAGAAAAAGGAGAUUGAAGAACUGAUUGAAGAGGGAGAAAACCAUCAUGUCAAAACUGAAGAGAUAUCGUGGAAAUCCUCACUGAAAAGAAGAGACAAAAUAUGGCCUCCGUGUGAAAAGAGUCUCUCAUUCAAGCAAAAUCCUGAUAUUAAAAUAAAAUGUCACCUUGAAGGAAAGCUGUACAAAUGUGAUCAGUGUGGGAAGAGUUUUGCACAAAAAGGAAACCUUACAAAACACAUGAAUAUCCACACUGGGGAGAAGCCAUACACAUGUGGUCAGUGUGGAAAGAGCUUCAGACUAAAAGCUACUCUUAACAAACACACAAGGAUCCACACUUCAGAUAAGCCAUACACAUGUGAUAAGUGUGGGAAGAGCUUCAGACAAAAAACUACUCUUAACAAACACACAAGGAUCCACACUGCAGAGAAGCCGUACACGUGUGAUCAGUGUGGGAAGAGCUUCAGACAAAAAACUACUCUUAACAAACACACAAGGAUCCACACUGCAGAUAAGACGUACACGUGUGAUAAGUGUGGGAAGAGCUUCAAACUAAAAGCUAUUCUUAACAAACACACAAGGAUCCACAUUGGAGAGAAGCCGUACACAUGUGAUAAGUGUGGGAAGAGCUUCAAACAAAAAGCUACUCUUAGCGAACACACAAGGAUCCACACUGCAGAUAAGCCGUACACAUGUGAUCAGUGUGGGAUGAGCUUCAGACAAAAAACUACUCUUAACAAACACACAAGGAUCCACACUGGAGAGAAGCCGUACACAUGUGAUCAUUGUGGAAGGAGUUUCUCACAAAAAGUAUACCGUGACACACACUUAAAAACCCACACUGGAGAGAAGCCGUACACUUGUGUUCAGUGUGGGAAGAGUUUCACACAAAAAGGAGCCCUUAAUGUGCACAUGAGGAUCCACACUGGAGAGAAGCCACACACAUGUGAUCAGUGUGGGAAGAGUUUCAGACAUAAGCAACUCCUUAAGGAACACAUGAGGCUUCACACUGGAGAGAAGCCAUACACAUGUGAUCAGUGUGGAAAAAGUUUCAGAAAAUAUGGUGGUUUUAAAAAACAUCUGCUUACUCAUUCUAGAGAGAGACUAGAAAACUGUGACCAAAGCAGUAGAACAUUCCUAAAGGACCGUUUGAAAGCUCAUACAAAGAAGAAGCCUUACAUUUGUUAUUUAUGUGGAAAGAGUUUUAGUCAGAUUACUGCAUUAAAGAUACAUCAGAAAAGACACAGUGGUGUGAAGGAUCAUGUUUGCUCUAAGUGUGGGAAGACAUUUUUUACAUAUGGCGCACUUAAAGUGCACCAGACAGUUCACACUACAGAAACCCCUUACAAGUGUUCACACUGUGACAAGAGAUUCAAACGGUCAACAUAUCUGCAAAUACAUGAGAGGAUCCACACUGGAGAGAAACCAUAUACAUGCGAUCAAUGUGGGAAGAGCUUCAGACUAAAAGAAAUGCUUAAUCGACACAUGACUAUCCACACUGUAGAGAAGCUACACACAUGUAAUCACUGUGGGAAGCAUUUUAGGCAAAAAGGAAACCUUAAUAAACAUAUGAAUAUCCACACUGGAGAGAAUCUACACAAAUGUGAUCAGUGUGGGAAGAGUUUCGUAACAAAAGGAACCCUUAAAGAACACAUGAAAGUCCACACUGGAGAGAGGCCACACACAUGUGAUCAGUGUGGCAAGAGUUUCACACAAAAAGGAAGCCUUUUCAAACAUAUGAAAAGCCACACUGGGGAGAAGCCGCACACCUGUGAUCAGUGUGGAAAAAGUUUCACAUUAAAAGAAACCCUUAAUGAUCACAUGAAGAUCCACACUACAGAAACACCUUUUAAGUGUUCACACUGUGACAAGAGAUUCAAACGGUCAAAAUAUAUGAAAAUACAUGAGAGGAUCCACAAUGGAGAGAAGUAGUAUCACUGUCAUUCAUGUGGGAAGAUAUUCACUCAAUUAUCUCCCCUAAUCUGUCAUAAAUUACAUGUGUGCAUGUCUGAAAUAACAGUUAGUAGUUCAAGUUCUGACCCUGUACUUCCAGGUCUGAUGGUUAAUAUUGAUUAAUCAUAGAUUAUUAGAAUGAGUAAUCAGCUAACCUUUUGAAUAUUUCACAGAUUGAUCAGUCACUUUUAUUGAUUAUUCCUGAUUUUGGAGUUUGUUAAAAUGUUGAGUUGUAUCCAUUCUAACUAAUAAAUAAAAAAUGAAAAUCACUUUGGUUUACAAAAAUGACUAUUUAUAAACUUUGAGUAAAUUGAAGUAUUGUUCUCUUUAGUCAUCAAUACAACUUUGUUUAGAACUAAAACACAAAAACAAAAGUGCAUUUCACAACACAUUGGAGGAUAAAAUAUUCAUCUACAAACUUAUCAUUAUUUAGAUUCUCUUGUGAGUGCUGUGGCUGGCAAUCUUAAGAAGACUGAGCCUUGCGGGCCUGAGAUCAUAGGCUGAGAAUCUUACACACUGGAUACUAGUCUUGUCCUUGUGCAGAUGGAUCCAGUGGGAGCCAUGAUGCCUGGAGUCCAUGGACCAAACUCUAUAUGGGCAAAGUUUAGGGGGUGUUUCCUCCUCUACCUGUCCUACUAUGACAGGAGGUCCACACAGCUGUAAGGCCAAGUCCACAUAUUGAGCCAUGGUCCACUUGGUAUCCCCCCAUUGUCCCAUCUGCCCCCAAAACAGUCCAGUAAAAUGACGUCUGCCAAUUGAGAGGGAUGAAAAUUUACAUGUUUUGUUAAACUGAACAGAGUGCUCAGGAG